UCGAUAAAAAAUCAGUUGGGUUGCAAACUUGCUGAGAGACUCUUCUGCUGUUCUGUUCCAUCCAUUGCCCGACACCCAUACGAAAGCAAAUGGGCCUUCGGAAACUAUACUUAUGUAGUAAUAGAAUAUGGACGUUUGGUAGGCCUUGAACUAAAACUGCACACAUUUUCAUUCGACAUUCGCUUCUGCGAAGUUCGACAUUUGGUGAAAGAAUUUGUUUGUACUUUAAUAACAUUUGAAUAUCUACUGUUUAGCCUACACACUCAGUGUUAAUGAUUUUGCAAGAAAAAAAAAUUUAAACAUUGAUGUCAAAAAUGGAGAAUGCUGAAGUUUUAACGAAGAAGAAAACUCAUCGACGUAAAGCGGGUGGUAAAAGACGAAAAGACAAAAACGAUCGUUCGCUGGAGACAACAAGUGAUCAAGACCCAAUCACCCCCGAAGUGGUCGCCCCACAGACGGAAAGACAGUUACUCGAAGAUGGUGAACCACUAAGAAAACAUUUCAAAAUGCUACACAAAGAAACCCAUCCUCUGUUACAUCCUCACAAAUUGGCAACUCGUGGAGGUAGAAGGUUGCUGAGACCUGCUAAAGUCCCAAAAGCACCCCAGAACUCAACACAGUUCAUCAUAGAUGAUCAUGAGAACUCAGCAUUUUUUAUUGACUUUGAUAAAGGCUUUACCCCACCUGGUGCCAGAGAUGAUGUUGGUUGGUCUCCUUAUUUCCAGCAAGAUUUUGAAAAUGUGUACAGGACCACCAGAGAAGCUGAAACAACAAUUGACUGGACCCAAGAAGAUCUUGUUGAGAAAAUAUCAAGUCUAGAGGAGCGUGUGAAAAACCUUGAACAGCAACUGUCAAUGUGUGACUCCAAUGUCUACAUGAAUCAGAUGCAUCAUCGGAUAGUGUGCAUGCAGGACAAGAAUAGAAGAAUCAAAGAAUUCAGAGUCUGGUGUCCCAUGCAUGGGAAAAAGGUUAGACUGAGAAAUCCUUCUACUGAUACUUCCAGUGAAGAAUGUUCUAGUUCAUCCAGCGAAUCACCAGACGAUGAAGAUGAAGUCGUUCAAAACGGGGACGAAUCCGACUCCAGUGAUGAAGAUAUGACGGAAGAGGAUACCGAGGAAAACGUGAACGAGAGAAUUAAUCCAGUAUCAUUAAGCAAACCCGAAGAUGUAGAAGAAGUCGAAAAAAUCGGAGAGCGAACAGGAAGCGUACAGUCGAAUGAAGAAAUCGUCACCGAAGAGCCCUGAAUUUCGUCAAAACUGUUUUUUUUUUUGUUUUUUUUUACUUGUGAAAUCCUCUUUUCCCCCGUGUAUGCGUGUGUUUGAUGCCUGUGAGAAAAUUUCGGCUGUUGCAGGUUAAUAAAAUUGAAAUGUUGAACGUCGUCAAA